UUAUCGGUGGCUUAGGCUAAGUUCUGAGACCGCCUCGUAAAAUACAAACAUAAUGAAUAUGCAUCUUUUCCUUGGCUCUUUUAGAAAGUUAUCCAAUACUUCAUAGUAUCCAAUAAUACUGUAUGUAGUCUUAUAUUACUAUAGUAUUAUAAAGUACAAGCAAACCGAUCAUGUUUUGGCUUGAAAAAAUAAGGUGAUGGCAGAGGUAAGAUCAUUUUGCCAUAUUUAACUCCAUUCAAAGCAAUUUUUGUGUUUCUUUUUAGCAUGAAUUAAUCUCUAGAAACUCUAUUCAUAUGUGACAAGGUUAUUUUUUGUUAUAUGAAGUAUGUUUAAGUUGAAAUAUGACUUAAGUAAGUCUAGUUGUGAACUAGACUUAGUUAUUUUUUUUGGUAAUAGAUGGCACCAUUGUCUGGUUGUCAGUACUUAGCCUAAGCGCCGAGAGACAAUCAUAAAAUACAAACAUAAUGAAUAGGCAUCUUUUCCUUGGCUCUUUUAAGAAGUUAUGCUUUACUUCACUGUAUCCAAUAAUACUGUAUGUAGUCUUAUAUUACUAUAGUAUUAUAAAAUUCAAAGCAAUCAAUGUUUUGGUUUGGAAAAAUUAGCUGAAGUCAGAGGCAGGGUUAUUUUGUCCUAUGUAACUUGAUUCAGAGUGAUUUUCUUGCUUCCUGCUUCUGUUUAGUGUAAAUAGAUCCCUCAAAACUAUGUAUAUGGGACAAGGUUGUUUUUUCGUUAUGUGAAGUGCUUUUAAGUUGAAAUGUGUCCUAUCAUCAUAGGGCAACUCCUCUGAUGAGUAGCAUACUGAUUGUAUGUCAUCAUAAGGGAUCAUCUCAUAGGAAGUCUCUACUGUUGAAGAUGCGCAUUUCCUGGGCAGCUAAAGAACAUAUCUUUGCUGAUUAUUUUGUCUUAGGACAUCCCUAUGGGGUAUCCUAUUAUCUUUUUUGUCUGCUUGGAAGACCUAUGUUAGACCUCUUCAUGGUCCCAGAAUUGUUCAUUGGAAAAGAAGACUCCUUUCUGCCGAAAUCACCACUCCUUUAACAGUCAAGAUGCACCAGUGUGCGGUUGACACCUCUGUGGAGUAGCUCGUGGUCAGAUACGUUCCAGGCAGGAGGAAUGUGGUGGCCAACAAUCUAGCCGUUGGAGUAGUCCUAUGUAUGGAAUGGUAUCUGCACCAGGAUGUAGUGGUCUCAUCUUUUUAUCUUUUGGAAAGACUCAUGAUAGACCUCUUUGCCAUUCGUUUCAACAGGAAGCUGGAGAUCUACUUCAUGGUGGUUCAGGAUCCUCCUCCUCAAGCAGAGGACACUCUUCAGCAUCCUUUGUACAAUCUCCAGGUGUAUGCCUUCCCUCAGUUCCUCCUGAUCCAUCAGGUGCUGAACAGAGUAAUGGGUUCUAGGAAUUUCAGGACAUCCUAGCUGGUGCCUUUGUGUCCACGGGGAGUGGUUCCCAGUACUUCUGUAUCUUCUGUCAGCAGUUCCGAGAGAAUUCCUCCAUGGAACCUCUUUUGCCAGCUUUAUGUGGAAAGGUUCCACCUGUCGGUAAGAUCUCUGUUGCUUCACGGCUGGAGACUGUCGAGUAUCUCCUAAGAGUGUGAGGCUUUUCUCGCAAAGCAGCAGGCCAGGUGUCCAGCUAUCUCAGGAGGUCUUCGUCAGCAGUUUACCAGGGCAAGUGGGCUGGCUACUGUGGUUGGGGUCGUCGAUAGUGUUUCUCUCCACUCUGAGCUUCAGUGAGCUGAUAGUGGAUUUCUAAUCUUUCACAGAACGAAAAGCUCUUUCUUUCUCAGCAUUCAAGGGCUACAGGGCCACCUUGGGGUUGAUCCUGCGCCUGGUAAAUCUUGAUGUUGUUCAGGAGUUUUGAAUAGUCCUGUUCAACAAGAGAGCUCAAGCCUGCGGUGUGGGAUCAUGCUCUGAUCAUGAGUAGUCUCACUCAAACUCCAUUCAAACUACUACGUCAGAGCCUGAGUGGCAUGGUCGGUAUGGUGUUAGCUUGCCACCUCGGUGACCGCGAGUUCAAUUCUCAGACGUUCCUUUGAGGGGUGAGAUAUGUUUAUUUCUGGUGAUAAAAGUUCACUCUCGACGUGGUUCGGAAAUCACAUAAAGUCAUGUGUCCCAUUGCUGAAUAACCACUUGAUCCAUGCAAUGUAAAAACACCAUACAAAAAAAAAAAAAAAAAAAAAAAAAAAAAAAAAAAAAAAAAACUACGUCAAUCGUCAGUCAGGAAUCUGACUCUAAAGACAGUUUUCCUGUUGGCCUUGGCUUCCUAGAAGAGAGUUGGUGAGGCUUCAUGGCCCAAGUUUGACAGUAAAAACACCAGAGGUUGGAGGUCUGGCCUUCGAAUUUGUCCAGGAAUUUGUAAGCAAGACUGAAAAUCCCUCGGUUCAUGAUGGCAGAUUUAUCUCUUUUUCAUUCAUUCCCUGAAUGAAUUAAUGGACAGUGAUCAGCAAUAGUUUUUGCUGUCUUGUCAGAGCUCUGCAAUGCUAUCUAAAGGACUCUCCACUUAAGGCCCAGGUGUCGUAGACUUUGUGUUAGCAACGGCUAGUCCAGAAUGGAAAUUUCCAAGAUCUUUUCAUUCUGGCUGUGUGAGGUCAUUAAGCAGGCAUACUCCUCACCUUCUAGUUCUGUCACAGAGUCUGUGCAGGCUAGAGCAUACGACAUCAGAGGAAUGAGUUCCUCCCUGGCAUUUAAAAAGCACUUGUCAGUUCAUAGAGUUUUGAAUACUGGUUCUGGAGAGAGAGGCUUCAGCCUUUCAGACCCACUGGUUUUGCUAUGACACACCCCUGGCUCCUCCCCCAGACAGUCGUAAGAGAGCACAAACCACGCCCAUCGGGGCGGAGCAACCAGAGACGUGCGAGUUGACAGAACUCAAACCGCCAUAUUUGAAGUUGACAGGACACAGGCAACACCUGUUACACCUCACCAUUACUACAACCCUCCCCUAAUCAUUGUUACGAGGGACAACGACUUCAAUCAAUUAAAAUGUCCAAAAAAGUCGUAGUAUCAGCAGAUGUGCAUAAUCUCAGCGAAACUAGCGAUGAUGACAACAUUCCACCGGCACAACCCAAAAAGAAGAGAGGUCCCAAAACGGAAGAAACCAGCCAGGAACCUUCCAAUAGUGAAAUUCUUCAAUUGUUAUUAUUACAGAAUCAAACAUUAUUGAAACUAGUGGAGAAAGGGUAAGGUUUAAUAUUCUGUUUUUAUAUAAAACGUUUUGGAUAGCAGCGGAUACAGACUGAUGACGUCACAAGCAUGGCAGUAAAAGGUAAACAAUGAGCCGGAACUGACCGUGCGGUAGUUAUAAUCGUAAAAGUUGAGAUUAGAUAAAUUUCGAGACCGAAGUACAUUAUCAUAUAAUCCUAAACUAUGUGUAAAGUGAGCCUAAACAUUAUAAGGACUAGAUACUUAUAUGACAAAGGAAACGGAACCAUGGAUUCCCCUAGUCAAGACAGUCUCCAAGGAAUACCGGAAGUACAAAGUCAAAGCAGAAGGCUGCCAGAUACUUCAUAUGGACUGUACCUUACCCUUAGUGCAACACCACUUAAAUUUGAUCGCCUUCAGAAUAUAAAAGAUCAACUACCUUCCAUAUUUCCUCCAGAGAUAUGCAACAAAAUUACUUCCAAUUUACGAGACAGCUCCAUGGCCAAAUACCAAAAUCUCUUCAGUAGCUUUAAAGAGUUCAUACACAAUAAAUAUGGAAGUAACAACAAGUUCCCUCUUUUAUCAGUGCUACUCUAUUUUAACGAAUUAAUAGACAAGGGCCUAGCAUACAACACACUUAAAGGAUACCGAGCUGCUCUUGGACCAGUUUUGAAGGGAUACUUUCCCAAUUAUUGUCUAGCAGAAGACAAGUAUAUUAAAGCUAUGCUUGAUGGAGUAAAUAGAAGAAGACCCAGCAAUUCUCAUCAAUUUCCAGGCUGGGAUCUUGAUAAAGUGGUUUCCUUCCUCAACACUACAAGAGAUGAUUCUAUGCUGCUCAUGAUUCAGAAGACCUUAUUCCUCGUAGCGUUGGCUUGCCCAUUGAGAGCUAACCAAUUUAAUCAUCUAUGUAUCUCCAGGAGCACUUUCACGCCAGAAACCAUUGUGUUAAGAAACCACCCUUCCUUCAUGGCCAAGAAUCAGAGAAACAAUUACACGCCUAUUGAAUUCAGCUUUAGGUGUCACCCUACCAAGCCAAAAAUUUGUCCAGUUAGACAAUUAAACUUUUAUCUGAAGUACACAAAUAAAAUCUGUGCAGAAAGGAACAUAGAUAGGGAAGACCAUAUUUGGCUGGAUGAAAACUUCAAGAUCAUGUCCCUUCCAAAGAUGAGGCAGCUAUUCAGGGACUGUAUUUUCAGAGCUGAUCCCAAUGCCAGAAAACACUCCACCAAUUUCCACUCUAUCAGAGGUCAAGCAGCUUCAAGGAUGAUGUAUAAUGGAGUUACGCUGCAAGAGAUAAUGACUAGAAUGAAUUGGAAAAGCAACUCUGUAUUUGGGUCAUUUUAUGCUCUCCUCGGUCUAUAGGGAGCUUUCGAUGCAGUCGUUGCAGGUCUUCAUCUUCAUGCCCCCUGAAGUAUCAUGUGAGCAAAACCAGUGGGUCUGAAAGGCUGAAGCCUCUCUCUCUAGAACUGACAGUUUACUUGUGAACCUAAGUUCUGGAGAGAAGAGGCGAGGCCUUUCAGACCCAGGGUCUAGUUCACCCUCCGACCCUACCCCCGUAACCGAGGAGACCAUUCUGGAGGAAAUAAAGGAUUUGUAAAGUAAUUACAAAAGUCAACAGCUUACAUGUUUAUGAAGGUCAACCAUAACAUUUUUCAAUUAUUCAUAAAUUUCUUUAAGGUAUACUUAGACUCUUAUCCUUGCAUUUAGAGGAGAUGCAACUUUUAGGUAACAAGAUAGGAAUAUCUUGGAAAGGGGAGGUGAACUACUGUCACAUUAUAUUAUCUUAGAAUAUAAAGAGGAAUGGGAAAUAUUAAAAUUCACAAAUUGGAACUUUAAGUUACUACUUGCAGUAAUUUGCAAUCUCAAAUAAAUCUCACAACAGGAAAAUGGAAUGGUAAGUACAGAUAUACUUCAUAGCAACUUGCAACUUCAAAUAUGGCGGUUUGAGUUCUGUCAACUCGCACGUCUCUGGUUGCUCCGCCCCGAUGGGCGUGGUUUGUGCUCUCUUACGACUGUCUGGGGGAGGAGCCAGGGGUGUGUCAUAGCAAAACCAGUGGGUCUGAAAGGCCUCGCCUCUUCUCUCCAGAACUUAGGUUCACAAGUAAACUGUCAGUUCCUGGCUUCAGCAGACCACGUUCACUUCCUUUUCUUGAAGGACAUUGCCCACAGGUUCUUGGACACUUUUACUUGUGUCCGGUGGCGGCUGCCCAACAAGUUGUGUAGCUCAUUCAGUUCCAGUAGCAGGACAUUUGCAUCAUAUCUAAGAUGAUUGUGCGGGAGAGAGAAUAAGGAAGAUGGGUGGUUACCUUCUUUCUUUUUUUCGUCUCUUCAUCCUGCAGGCGGGUUUAAGAAUAACACUUCAUAAACUGGAACUGGUCUGAUAUUGGUGAGUGUGGCAGCCAUACUGUUUGCAGUUAUUUGGUAUUUUCCUAUACAAUAAACAAAUCUGCUUCUCAGUAGCACUUACUCUUGUAUCUGACAAGGGGAGGAAAUCUGGACAAGUCUCAUUGUGUUUAAUCCCAGCAGGCUGAGUUUUUAGGUAUCGCUCAUCUAUUCUUUCACAGGCUUAGACCCCCUUCUUUAGAACUCAAUCUAUUAGGAAGGGUGGUCAGGCGGGCUGAACCCCCAGCAGGUUCUGGGUACUUUUACCUCCCUCCAAUUUUAAGACGAUCCUAUUGUUAAAACUGAAGGUUUGUUCCGCGUAUGAGCAAAUGACAAUCUUUUAAUCAAUUUGUAUAAUUGACGUUAACUCAAAUGGCAUAUGCAGUGUCAAACGAGGAUGGCUAUUAUGUUCCAGCCCAGAGCUCACAAAGUUAGGGGCAUUGUGCCCUUCCUCGCAUUCAAGAAAAAUUAGUCAGUAUAUCAGGUGCUGAGAGCACAACUGUGGUCGCGUCUGAACGUUCACAUCCUUUUACCGGAGGGACAUGGCUCAUAGGUCUUUGGACACCUUUUUCUUGGGUCCUGUGGUGGCUGCUCAACAAGUUUUGUAGCUCAUCCAGUUCCCCUAGCAGGACAAUUAGCAUCUGGUCCAAGAUGUACGGGUAAUGUAAGUGAAAGUGUGUGUGUGUGUGUGUGUGUGUGUGUGUGUGUGUGUGUGUGUGUGUGUGUGUGUGUUUGCUCCCACCAUUCUCCUCGUACCUUCCUCUCACGGUGGGCAGAGGAUAGGUUCCCAGAACGUCAUACACUGGACGGACACAGAUGCAGGUGAGUGAUCAGCCUUUCUGUUUUUUCAUUGUUAUAAUCUAAUAGAAGCAAAUCCUACCCUUUCUCUAGCCAGGCAGGGAGAGGGGCGGACAAUAAAACUAACUCGUUACUUUUCUUAACUUUAUUGUCUCCAACACAAUGUUCUUCAAAGCUUUUUUUGGAGUAAUGCUACUUUUAAACCCAUUGCUUUGAAAAGCCCAGAAGUCUCACUGUCAAGCACACUUUUGUUUCCAUGAGUGUGGCACUGAUU